AUGGCGUGGGUCCUGGAUUGGGAUGCGUUGCGUAAGCUGGCAGCUGAGGGCUUAUGUAUAUGUUCCCACGGGCGGGACCAUGCCUUGAUGAGCCAGUUGAAUACAGAACAACUCCGCGAAGAUCUGACGGAAUCACAAACAAAGCUACAGGCGGAGCUCGGCUCAUAUGCUGAUAUAGCCGUGCUCGCGUAUCCGGCUAACGCCACGAACUCCGCGGUGCGCAGCGCAUCCAGACAGGCAGGCUACGAAUUAGCAUUUGGCGGACAACGUAAGCACGUGAACAUCACAGCAAAACAUAUAACAACCAUCUGCUCAUCCACCGCCCUUAAGACACUUGUCUUUAUUCUAUUCAGCAUCAGCGGUGUCCAGCUGUCUGCCGCUGAACCAGAAGACACAGGAGAUGUGUAUAAAAUUGGGAUCCCAGAUCUGCUGAACGUUUUGGUCUGGCAACAGGAAGAGCUCUCCGGACCUGCACUGGUGCGCACCGAUGGCAAAAUCUCCAUACCUUUGAUUGGCGAUAUUCGCGCCGCAGGCAAAACACCGGAAGAACUUGCUGAACACAUUGAGAUUGCCCUGGUCGACUACGUCGCCAAACCCCAGGUAGAUAUAUCUGUCGUAGAAAUGCGCAGCCAGGUAGUCAGCGUCAUCGGUGGCGGCAUAGAACGCUCCGGCGUGCUGGAACUUCGUCACGAUAUGAGAGUGUUAGAUGCUAUUGCGGAAAUGGGCGGCUUUACCCCGUUUGCCAAGAAGCGCGACAUCAUGGUUUUGCGGACCACCGACAACAUUGAGGAAGAGCUUCGUUUCGACUACGUCGAUUUCAUCAAAGGCCAGGCCACAGAGUUUUCAGCGGCUUUCAUUGGCUCUUCCGCCUAUAACUCCAACGUAUUUGGUACAGAUGGUGACGAAGACAGUGACAUGCUGCUGGAAGCCGGUACAGAACUGGAAUUGCGCAGCGAUCCUGAGCGACGCCUCGAUUAUCUGCUCAACUACCGGGGAGAUUACCAGUCUUACGCGGAAGCCGACGAAGCCAAUGCCAUGGAACAUCGUCAGCGUUUCAGGCUUCACUAUGACAUUGAUCCCAUCACGCAGAUUAUUCUUAACCAGCGUUAUCGCGAUGUCUCGAAUCUACAAUUUGAUUUGGCAGACUUCGACAGCGGUGACACAGGUAUUGACAUCAGUCAGAACCGAUACGAACGCAAUGACAUCACCGUUGAUCUAACGCGCGAGCUUUCUCGGCGCUGGUCUGUCAGUGGCAACCUCGGCUAUCAGACCAUUGACUUCAAGCGCAAUAUCAACCGCAGCGACAGUGACACAACCGAAGUCGGUGUCGCUGUCAAUUAUCUCCUCAGUGAAAAACAGGAUAUCGGCGUGGGCGUACGCUACGCCAGCCAGGAUUUCGAUGGUGCAGAUAAUCGUAUCAGUGCCGAAAGCGACUACUUCUCUCUUUCUCUACUGUGGACUUACCGGUUCGAUGAAUUCUCAAGCCUGGCCAUUGAAGGGGGUCCAACCUGGGUUGACACCGAGCAGGACCGUCUCAGCCAGACGGUAACCAAUACUAAUGUUGGACGUUCUAACGGGCGCAACCUGUUGCGUGCAAACUUCAACGCCUGUGGCAUCGGCGGCGGUCAAGGCCAGCCAAUAGCCAGUUUGUGUGAUUUUUCUGACCCUAACGCACCAGCCAUUCCCGCAGGUGAUCUUGGCCCUCGGCAAAGCUACCUUCUGGAUUUCACCGGCUUUGACACCAGCGACGACGAUGUGACCUUCUUCGGCAGCGUGGUGUACACCAAACGCGUUUCCGAUUGGGAGCUUGAAGCCAGCUAUACACGCCGACAGACAGCAACUGCAGGUGAGUCCCUCGCCAGCAGCCUGGAUCAGUUUGCACUAGGAGCAGAUUACGUACCCGCUGGCGAGCGCUGGCAGCUCUACGCUCGUCUCACAUUGGACAAAAGAGACGCCAUCACUGAGGCACUGAUCAUCGACUAUACCCUUGUAGAGGAUAGUGAUGGAUCUGCACUUCGAGAUGCCGCGUUUAUCAGUGAUGCCGGCGGCAACAUUGAUCGAGACGUUCUCACCGGACUGGUCGGCGGUCGGUAUGACUUCACCCGCCUGUUAAGUGGCGGACUGGAAUUCCGUUAUCGGGAUAGCGAACGACCAGCGAGCUUCGCCGCCAGCGAAGACGCUCAGUCUUACGAAAUCGAAUUGUCGUUACGUUACGAGUUCUUCAGUGACCGCCUUUAA